AUGGCGGGCGGGCCCCAGAGCUACGAGGCCAUGGCUCAGGAGGCCCCGUGCCUGCGAGGCCGGAGCACAGGAGAUGCUGGAAAAAUAGAAAAGUUUCAGAAAGGAGAAGGAAAGGACGAAGAGAAGUACAUUGAUGUGGUGAUUAAUAAGAACAUGAAGCUGGGACAGAAAGUGUUAAUUCCCGUAAAACAGUUCCCUAAGUUCAACUUUGUGGGGAAGCUUCUGGGUCCACGUGGCAAUUCUCUGAAGCGUUUACAAGAAGAGACCUUGACCAAAAUGUCCAUUCUUGGCAAAGGCUCCAUGAGAGACAAGGCAAAGGUAAGACUCAUUAUAGACAUGUGGCUGCGUGGUGUUGGCUCUGGGCGGACCCUCUGGGACAGCCACGCCAAGUACUUCCACCUGCACGACGACCUGCAUGUCCUCAUCGAGGUGUUCGCCCCGCCCGCGGAAGCCUACGCCCGCAUGGGCCACGCCCUGGAGGAGAUCAAGAAGUUCCUCAUUCCCGACUACAACGAUGAGAUCCGCCAGGCGCAGCUGCAGGAGCUGACAUACCUGAACGGCGGCUCGGAAAGCGCGGACGCCCCCGCGGCCCGAGGGAAGUCCGCCUCACGCACCAGAGGCGUCCCGACCCCGACGACAGGCAGGGGCAGGGGAGGCGUCACCGCCCGGCCCGUUGGCGUUGUGGCCCCACGAGGGGCGUCGGCAUCCAGGGGAGUCCUUUCCACCCGAGGGCUUGUGAGUCGGGGACGAGGCCUUCUCACCCCCAGAGCAAGAGGAGUCCCCCCAACCGGGUACAGACCUCCACCGCCACCCCCAACGCAGGAGACCUACGGCGAUUACGACUAUGACGAUGGCUAUGGCACUGCGUAUGACGAGCAGAACUACGAUUCCUACGAUAACAGCUAUAGCGCCCCGGCCCAGAGCGGCGCUGAUUACUACGACUACGGCCACGGGCUCAGGGAGGAGACAUACGAUUCCUACGGGCAAGAGGAGUGGACGAACUCAAGACACAAGGCUCCCUCGGCGCGGACAGCGAAGGGCGUCUACCGAGACCAGCCGUACGGCCGCUACUGAUUGUACUGACUUUCUGAUGUUGUGAAAUAGCCCAUCUCCACCCGUCCUGUAAACUGUUCAAAGUAAUUUUUUUCUAUGAACAAUCCCCUUUUUAAAUAAAUCAAAAUGCCUAAAAAUCUGAAUGGAUGGACCUUAAAACUACUUUGUGGAAACAUCAACCUGGGAAGAAAGAGAAAAAAAAU